AUGACCUCCGCCCCGACCCGCAUACUUCUGCCGGGCGACGAGCCCGGGACGAGCUGGCACUACACCUCCCAAGGGGCGUCCGCAACUCCGUCCUAACUUCAGACCCCAAACGGCCAGCUCUUCACCCAGUCCUUCACCGCCGCUGGACCCCACACUCGACCCCCCGUCAGGGCCCACCGUCUACAUGAUCCCACGGCUUACGGCUCGACUCCGGGGCUCUUCCAGAAGAUCGCCAUCGCCUUCGCCUCCUGGGGAUACUCCGUCCACCUCGCCGACCUCCUCGGUCACGGCCGCUCCGACGGGCUCAGGUGUUACCUCGGCGACCUCAACGCCGUCGCCGACGCGUCGCUCUCCUUCUUCCUCUCCGUGCGCAACUCUGCGGAGUACGCAAAUUUGCCGGCGUUUUUGUUUGGGGAGAGUCUGGGGGGUCUCGUGACGACAUUGAUGUAUCUGCGGUCCCCGGACAGGGGAGUUUGGACGGGGGUUAUACUGUCGGCCCCGUUGCUCAUGAUACCGGAGGAUAUGAAGCCGUCGAAGGUGAGGUUGUUUUUGUUCGGGUUGCUGUUUGGGCUGGCGGAUACUUGGGAGGCGAUGCCCGAUAACAAGAUGGUCGGGAAAGCGAUCAGGGAUAAGGAGAAGCUCAAGAUCAUAGCGUCGAACCCUAGAAGGUAUACGGGAAGGCCGAGGGUGGGAACGAUGAGGGAGAUCUCAAGAAUGUGCGAUCACGUGAGGAGCAGGUUCAGCGAGAUUACCGCCCCGUUCCUGGUGGUGCACGGGACAGAGGACGGCGUGACGUCGCCGGAGGGGUCGAAGAUAUUGUACGAGGCGGCGGCGAGCGACGACAAGGAGCUGAUUUUCUACGAAGGGAUGUUGCAUUCCCUGGUUCAGGGGGAGCCGGACGAGAACAGUGACCGGGUGCUGGGGGAUUUCAGGAAGUGGAUUGAUGAGCGAGUGAGGAGGUUAUGGCGGGAAGUGAGUUUUAGCCGGGGACCAGGUUGAACGGGAUCUGAUGGUGGUGGGUUUGGUGGUUGGGGGCUUUGUUGGGCUUUGUUGUUGUUUAGUUGGGUGGAAAAGUGGUGGUUAAUAAUUGAAUUUGAGGUGGUGAUAAUGUGGGUUAUAUUGUAUUAUUGGUUAAUGAAAAUUCAUAUAUUUUUUUUCA